GCGGUCUAUGGUUCCAGAAGGGUUUUUUCAGAUCAGCUCUACCGCAUAUUACUGUCUUAAAUUUGUCAGUUGUUUACAGAAAUCUAGACUGCGUUUAACCGACACACGCCAUGUUGAGUAUAACGGAGCAUAUUUGAUUUAAUAGGCUACUCGCCGCUAGGUACGACAGUCGGUGGUCAGCUGUUUCCUGGGGAUUGCUGGUGUGAGCGCAACCUGUGUGCGUCGGGAUAGUAGUCCGUGUCUAAGGUUUAAAGAGUUUUGUUUACAAAAUGGAUGAAUUUAAAGCCUGUAAUCUGGACUACUUUCCUGAAAACAUUUUAAUUGAUGUGUUGUCUUUUUUGAGCGUGCGGGAGCUUGUCAGAGCCGGAAGAGUGUGUAAGAGAUGGAAGCGCCUUGUUAAAGACCAAAGACUGUGGAGACUUGUCGAUCUGACUGCAUGGAAAGGGGUGACAUCCCGUAUACUUUGGCUCCUGUUGCGUCAGUACCUGGGUUGUGGAUUAAGGUGCUUACGGUUACGUGGUUUACUACUUUCUGCCCGAGGGGGCACCUUCCUCUCUGAGUCUUGGCUCAGAGCUUUGUCCACAAAGUGCCCUCGACUGAGUAAGCUCUAUCUUCUGCAUGCUGACCUGAGAGGCCUGCCCAGUUGCCAGAUCCUACCUCAGUCUUUGCAGGUGCUGGAGCUGCGUGGCUGUGAGCUACCUCGCGAAUUUUUCAACCAGACUUCUACUUCACCUGCUUGUUCCCAAGAAAGAGCAGAAGCCACAUCAAGUGUUGGUGCUCAACAGCAAAGAAAGGAUCAGAAAGGAAAAGGCCUUGGCUCUCCAUCAGGGGUUGGUAUUGAAAGGUUAGUACUGAACAACGUGCCCUCUUUCACAGACCAGCAUCUGCUGAGUCUGACAUCAUGGGAGAGGCUCAGUCGAUUGGAGCUGCGCGACACCUUUCGUGUGACAGCUAACGGGCUGCGGAGCUGUGCAGCCAAGGAUGGCAUCUGUGGUGUGGAAGGGCUUUCCAGGCUCAAGUUUCUGGAAAUAGGUAUUACUGGGCGGCAAGGUUACCAGUUGCAGAUGGCCUCCCUCGGUCUUGGGGCAGGAUGGCUCGGACUGGAAGAGCUUCGUCUGGGUGGUAAGGAGGUGGGGCCGGGUUUGCUCUGUGCCAGCCGUCUGAAGGACCUGAAGUGUUUGUGCCUGUGGGCCUGUACGCUCAGCGAGAUGCAGAUAGUGCGGAGCUGCAGGAUGCUGCGUGGGCUCCGCCGGCUGGAGUUUUUGGACGUGAUCUUCCAGCCUCGGCAGUGUCCACCAGUGGUGGAGGGGGAGGGUGAUGGUGAAGGAGAGCAGGACAAUGAGGAAGCUGAAGGUGGCGAUAACAGCAAUGAUGAGAACAAGACGAUAGACAUGAAUGAUCCUAUUCCAAGUUUGCGUCGCUCACUGGCUGUCCUGCUGCCAUCCUGCACGCUGGUUUUCACCAACUGCUCUGUUCAGAUCAAUGCAGACUAAAUGAGCUCUCUUCUAGUGCUGUACACAAGUGGCCAAUCUGGAUAAAAUUAUUUCACACAGGCAUAAAUAAUUUUAUAUAGCACAAUGGAUGCAAUGAAUUACUUACAUUUUAACACUGUGUCAUGCAUAUAAUUGUGCCCACCCCACAUGGACUUACAGGAUAUUGAAAAUUCAGCUCCACAAUGCCACAUACACAUUUUCAAACACGCUAGUCCAAAAAUAAAGAAAAAACAAUCAAUAUAUUUUCACAAUAGGAUUUUGUGACCUUCAUAUCAACAGAAUUUAAGAAUUGCUGACCAAACAUUAACUGUAUGAUACUGGAGAAAUCAGAAAUGUAAUUAAAUAGUCUUCUUCUUUUCCAAGCUUUUGAGACUGUUUUCCUCCUGAAUAUUUUUGGUUCCGCAUCUAGAGGAAAAAUACCAGUUCUCUACUGCACAACUAAAAAUCUUUGGCUUCUAGAUGAGUGAAAUGUUAUGUAUGGUUCAGUGCCAUACUUUUUUAAAAAAAAAAAAAAUUGCAUAUAUGUCUUUAAUUUUGGUUUUGAAAGGAUAUUUUCAAACCAUUUUCCUUCAAACUUCAAUAAAAGUUUACUUUUAAUCAAGCUAUAUAUUGUGAUAUCAUACAUUUUUAUGGAAAUCAAAUGAGAAACUUUUUAUGAAUAAAAUUAGCCAGACAAAAUACCAAAUUAAGGCACUUCAUUAUUCUAAAACAGUCAUCUUGCCACAAAGCAGUCUUGAUUUGCAGAAUUGCCUCAGAGACCGAGACAUUUGAGAAAAUUUAUGACAGUAGACAUUUAUAUCAUCUCACGGCAUAUAUCACCAUAUUGUCCAACCCUACUGCUUUACCCUGUCUUCAAGGUAAGCCAGUGGGCAGCCUCACUUCCAAACUUCCAAUAAGGCCUGGCAUAUGCAGACAAAAAUUAACACAUUUUUAGCCGCCGUUUUAAACUCAGUCAUAAUAUAAAACAUUACAUGGACCUGUCACUGCUAGACUGUAAAGACAUAAGCAGGUGUCACCCACUAAGACAGAGAACUGAAGCAUACCGCUGCCAAUGAGCCACCUGUUUCCUGUUCCUUAAACAAUAUAAACAUAUAGAAAAUAUAGCUGUGACAAGCAGGUGUGUGGGUUUGUUACACAAGAACAGCAUAACAUAUAUUUAAACAAAUCUUCAUCAAGUCCCAGUUGCCUCUUACUUUUCCAGUUUUUUCCUUGAUGAUUUUUUAGACCUUACAAAUAAGAAAUAGUCAUUGUAAAUGUCUGUUUAUUGUAUUAAUGAAAAACAUGGAGGAUCUUUGUCAUUGACAUGAAUUGUAUUACAUUUUAACCUUAUUUAAAAUGACAAAUGAGCAGUUGUUUUGAAUAAACCUAUUUUGAGCAAAUAAAUCUUUCAGCAUCAUUUGU